CUCAGCACGUCAAAGUCGAGUUCCGCAUUCAAAGCUAGCUUCACCGAGUGCAGUACAGUCUGAGAUACCAACCACAUAGUUCAAAAGGACGUUAUUUUUUACUAAUGGCAGCAUAGAUAUUUUCCAACGACAAGCGGGAAAGACGGGAUAACUGUCGAAACUCGUGAGGGCGAACUUAAUUUAGCGGCAAUGAGCGGCAGCCCUGCUUCUGUCCAGAUGGACGAGGUCAGGAGGAGAUCCCAGUCCCUCCUCUCCUUUUCAGGUUCAGCCCAGGAUGUGAAGGCUGAUGUCCAGACCAUGGCCAGCAUCCCUCUUCCCCUGUCAGAGAAGUACCGUCACUUUGGAGUGGAAGCCAUGUUGAGGGAGAACACGGCUGGCCGCAACAGAGAUGAGGUUCUUGAGUCUUUGAGUAGACUAAUCAAGGCCUUGAGUAUCCUGGAGAAAUAUGGCUGUAACCUGACCAGUCCCGUCAGGCCCAGAUACUGGAGGAGUGUCAAGCACAACAACCCCGUCUUCAGGGCAACAGUGGAUGCUGUCAAGGGAGGCCGGAGGGUCCUCUAUCUGUACGGUUACACAAAUCAGCAGAUAGAUGGCCUCAGUUUCCCUGAUGAAGUCGCUGAACCAGACAAAGAAAAGGUUGCUGCGGUGACGCUGGAGGUCAUGACCUUACGCACAGAGGUGGACAUGCUCAUCAAGGACACCCAUCCUCACCCAGAAUACUUCAAAGAUAUCAUCCCAUUUAUUAACCAGCAGGAGAAGCAGACGAAUGAUCCUGACGUUAUCUUGCCUGGAGAAGAGCAGCAGGUAGCCAAAGUCCAGGUUCAUUCUCCUCCACCUAAACCCACUCAGGUCCCUGCAGGACAAGGCCUGAAAUCUCCGACAGGCUCUCCUGCAGCCAGUGUUUGUAAUUUGUGUGGUGGUCCUUCAGCUCUGGUUUGCCCAUCUUGUGACAGUCAAACUUUCUGUGACGCAUGCGAUGACCUCUUUCACCGCCACCCUUCCAGAGCCAGUCACAAGAGAUAUGAAACACAGAAAGCCAAACAGGACACCUGCAGCAUCUGUGGGAUUUCUUCUGUACAUACUCAGUGCUCCACAUGUGUCCAGAGGUUAUGUCUGAACUGUGACAAGCUUUUCCACUCUCACCCGGACCGUAAAGGACAUAAGAGGACUAAUAUUACACCAGCUAAAAUGUCCAGUCCAUCUCUGUCCCCUUGGGAGUGUGCUCAUUGCACUACAGUGAACGAGAUGCGAGCCGUCCUCUGCUCAACCUGCGAACGCCCUCGACUUGCUACAGCUGCAUCCACUGUUCAGGAAAGCCCAAUGCCAGCCCCCACAUCUCCCAAGACAGAGUGGCAGUGCAAGAGCUGCACAGUUGUGAAUCAAGGCAGCAGCGUCCUCUGUGAGGUGUGUGAGCGCCCUCGUCUGGCCACUCGCCCACCUGUCGCACCAGCGCCCAGCCCAGGAUCUGUGCCUGACAACAGAACACAGUGGAUGUGCCAGUUCUGCACCUAUGUAAACACUAAGCCCGGUCCAGCGUGUGAGAUGUGCAACCUGUCAUGUAAAGACUCUACUGGAGUUUCUCUGGCCCAGUCCCUCCAGCAGAUUCCACCCAACACUAAAGAUCAACCCCAGCCGGGUGUGAGGCCCCAGCCGAUGCCCAGAGUCAAUCUUGAGCUGAAAAGACAGAAGAUGAUGAUGGAAGACGGCCUCAGUCUCAUCCACCAGAUCAGAGAAGCAGAAAAGUGUGGCAUCAGUCCCGAGGAGGUGUACGCCGCCAGCUUGUGCAGCGGCAGCAACACUAAACCCUGUGAUUGGCUGAAGUCAGAACUGCCUCACUUGCUGGAUGAAAUCUGCGCCAUGGCGGCGUCUGUUCAGCUAAACUACAAAGCCGGAGAUUCUGGGAUACAACCUGUGGUAGAGGGAGAUGGAGAGGUGCUGGAGCGGAGCGAUCCUAAUGUCACAGGUGAAGGUGUGAAGCUGUCCAGAGCUGAGGCCAAGCUGGCCUGGUUGGCAGCAGAAGGAGACACAGACAGAGCAGUGAGACAGCUGCUGAGAGACAGACAGCUCAAGAUGAGGGAGCUGCACUCUCUUGGCUUUAGAGAUGUAUCUCAGUGUGAGGAGGCCCUGCGGCUCAGUGGAGGAGAGGUGAAGGAGGCUUUGUCCCUGCUGCAGCGCCCUCUCCUGGAGCCCUUCCAUAAACGCAUCUGGACCGAGCAGCCUGAGCCGCCGAUUGAUGCCAGCAACCCGGACAAGCCGAGGAUGUGCAGACGUCUGUUGGCGCUGUAUGACCUGCCCAGCUGGGGGCGCUGCGAGCUGGUCCUCUCGUUGCUCCAAGAACCAGACGUCACCUACUCUCUGGAGGACGUAGUGCAAGCUGUGAAAGAGUCGCACGACAGAGAUUUCAUCCGGCGUGUCCUCAACAACGAGUGCCCCUGCUGUUUUUCCAUCUUCCCUCGCAGCAAGAUGCAGUCUCUGACUUCCUGUCAGUGCUCUGUGUGCCACGAGUGCUUCAGGCUGCACUUCACCAUCGCAGUGAGAGACAAACACAUCAGAGACAUGGUGUGUCCUGUGUGCGGCGAGCCAGACAUCAACGACCAAGAACAACUGGACAGCUACUUUUCCACGCUGGACAUACAGCUGCGUGACUGCCUGGACGUGGACGUGUACGAGCUGUUUCAUAAAAAGCUGACUGAGCACGCGCUGAUGAAAGACCCAAAAUUCCUGUGGUGUUACCAUUGCACCUCCGGUUUUAUCAACGAUGGAGACCAGCUGAAGGUCACCUGCCCUUCUUGCCGCAAGAGUUUUUGUGCUCAGUGUAAGAAACCUUGGGAGCCUCAGCACCAGGAUCUGUCCUGUGAGCAGUUCCAGCAGUGGAAGAGGGACAAUGAUCCAGAGUACCAGAGGCAGGGCCUAGCCGGCUACCUGAGAGACAAUGGCAUCACAUGUCCUCACUGCAGGUUCCAGUACGCUCUGACGAAAGGAGGCUGCAUGCACUUCACCUGCUCUCAGUGCAGGUACCAGUUCUGCAGCGGCUGCAACAACCCGUACCACAAGACGGGAUGUAAGACGGCCCAUUGCAAUUACACUGGUUUACAUGCUCAUCACCCCCGUGACUGUCUCUUCUAUCUCAGAGACUGGGAGCCACCGAGACUGCAGGCACUGCUGCAGAGGAACGGUGCAGAGUUCAACACAGAUCCUUCUACUGGAACUCAAACUGACGCUUGCUGUGUGAUGGAGCAGAAAGAUGAAGAAGGUCAGCAGAUCGACUCACCGUGUGGCAUCCAAACACAGCCGGGACAAGCUGGACUUUGCGAGAAGCACUACAGGGAGUACCUGGUGAGCCUGAUAAACGCUCACUCUCUGGACCCCGCUAUGCUCUACGAUGCCCACGAGCUGACUCGGGCCUGUGAGAGGUACCAGGUGGACGUUCAGAGAGGAGAGAACGAGGAAGAUAACGCUUACCAUGCUCGACUGCUCAAGAAACUGAUGGAGGUCCCUCUUGGUGAAAAAGUUCCUCGAAACAAAUGAAGGUUCCUGAACAGAACAUCACCAGCAUCCACACAUCAUGUUGUAACUGUUUCUGUAGUUCUCACAAAAUAACUGAUUAUGAAGGAAUCAGUCUGUUAAACAGGUCAACAUGCGUCUCAGUUUUGCAAAUGUUGGAGCUACAGUGUAUCUUAUUUUGUCUUAUAAACCUUUUAAAAACUUGGUUAUGGUUAAGAGUUGGGUCUUGUUCAGAUAGUUUUAGAAUUUAUCUUUUGCACUUCUAAGGAAAUGUUUGGUGAAAAAGCGCUAUCUCAGAAUAAUGUAGCAAUUCAGGGCAACAUUUUCUAAGUAAAUACUGAGGAAUUUAAUUUAGAUUCGCUCUCUGGAGGGUAAAAAGGUUAAUAUUUUAUCAAAGACUGUAUAGAUUUUCUGCUGUCAGGAUGCUGUGAUUCAGGUAUGAUGGAUGAAUCGAACGCGAAAAAUAAAUGUGAUUAUUUUGAAAUGUACAUUUAUUGAUGUAUUUUAGACAUAAAUAAUAAAUGAGACAGCACUAUGAUCCCA